AUGGGGGAAAUUAUUUUGGAUUUCCAGGAUGGGCCCCAUAAAAUCCAGACAGUACUUAUAAGAGUAAUCAACAGAAAAAGCACUCUCCGUUCUUCAUCUGUAGAAUUAGAUGGUUCCUACUUGAAUGUAGCCAAACUACAAACCUAUCAAACCAAGCAAAGGCCUAAGUCUGCAAACCAGGACUCAACUUCAGAAUCCCUUAUGGAAUUUAGGAAUAAUUCUUUGAAAUCAGUAACCCUUCAUCAUCCCAAAGAGGGUCUAGACAGGGUGCCAUCAGAGACCAGAACAUGUGCUUAUGAAUCUUCAGGGAGAAAACUAGCAGAAACACUCACAACAGAGAAAGCUGCACCAGAAGAAUUAAAGACAAAGGAAUGUCCACACAUUAAGCCUACUCCAUCCAGUCAGUAUUGUGGUCAUACACUUUCUGAAAAUGAAGAUCAUGUUCAUGAAAGCCAUUCUACAAACAUGGCCUCUCGAUAUUCCAAGACCCAGCCAGAAUCAUGCAGUUAUUGUGGGCUUCCUUGGGAAUCCCUUGCGCAUGGCGGAGGGGCACUGCAACCUAGUGAAACUGAUGUAAAAAAGCAGCUCUCAGAAGAUAGAAGGAAACAACUGAUGUUUCAGAAAAUGGAACUGGAAAUUGAAAAGGAUCGCCUUCAGCAUUUGCUGGCUCAGCAGGAGACAAAGCUUCUUCUGAAACAGCAGCAGCUUCACCAGUCUCGACUGGAUUACAAUUGUUUGUUAAAGUCAAAAUGUGAUGGAUGGCUUCCUGGAACCUCAUCAUCCUUUAAAAAGUACCAAGGCUCCCCAAACAGUAAAGAGAAUAGGAGAGAGAAGACAGUCGGGUUUCAGUCACAUGUAGAUAAUGCCCGGUGGACAUGUCAAAAAAAAGAUACAUGUAAACCCCAAAAAGGGACAAUGACAGAGGUUAGAAAAGAUGCAUCCACCUCUCCUAUGCCAACAGGAAGCCAAAAGGAACUUGGAACCACAGCCUCAUCGUCAUCUCAAUACAACACCUCCCGGUAUGAGGCGUCUCUGUUGGAUUUGGUCCAGUCUCUGAGCCCAAACUCUGCUCCCAAACCUCACCCCCAUCCCUCUAGAGAAGUUGGUGCCUGGAACCGCAGUGCUUUCCGACACAGUCCUCAAAAAUCAACCUGGAAGAAGAUGGGGACUUGUACAACUCCUGAAGACUUGGAGGAGCAUCAGAUUCUGGAAGAUAUAUUUUUCAUUUAA